AUGGUGAGGCAAUUUAAAUGAAAACUACUUUUUUAGAGCUUCGAAGAAGUUGCCGAAAAAGUCCGCAAGUUGGCAAAGAAGCCAGAAGAUUCGGAGAUGCUGGAGCUCUACAGUCUCUAUAAGCAGGCUACAGUCGGAGACUGCAAUACCUGUAAGAUGCGCUAUGUAUUUUUAUUGUUUUUGCUUCAGCGUGCCCCAGCGCGAUACACUUUGAGGCGAAAUCGAAGUGGAAUGCCUGGAACGACCGAAAAGGAAUGAGCAAAGAAGAUGCCAAGAAAAAAUACAUUGAAGCCGGCAAUGCGGCUGUCAGCAAAUAUGGUCAACUGUAA